UCAAGGGCUAAAGGUCAUAUCUUCUUAACGUGCACAUUUAAAGCAAAGCGGCAUCGUUUACUUCACACAGCAGGAUGAUGGAGCGAGCCCUGUUAUGGUUUGGUCUGGUGGCCCUCACCACUUCAUACACUAUACCCGUUUCCCCUGAUGUACACGAGGUUUACAAGAACGGCGAGGAUGAGAACCCCAUCCUGAACCUGGGAUCAGACGCCAACCUGCUAGAAGGGGACAUUUUAAUUCCAGAAGGAAGGAAUGCCAUGAUUGACAAAAGAUACAGAUGGAAAUUUCCAAUUCCUUUCAUUCUGGGCGAUGAUUUGGACCUGAACGCCAAGGGCUGCGUCCACCAGGCUUUUGAAAUGUAUCGGCUGAAGUCUUGCAUUGACUUCAAGCCUUAUGAGGGAGAGAAGACGUUCAUCAAGUUUGAAAAGAGAGGAGGGUGUUUCUCCAGCGUUGGUGACCAGCAGACCGGCCAGAUUCUGUCCCUGGGGUCGGGCUGUGACCACAAGGCGGUGAUUGAACACGAGCUGCUCCACGCUCUGGGGUUUUACCACGAACAGUCCCGCACAGACAGGGACGACUACGUCGACAUCUGGCUGAAUCAGGUGACGCCGGGACUUGAAAACAACUUCAACAAGUACAGCGACGACUACAUCACCGACCAAAACACGGCGUACGACUACGAGUCCGUCAUGCAUUACAGGCCCUUCUCCUUCAAUAAGAACGAAUCCGUCCCCACCAUCACCACCAAAAUCCCGGAGUUCAACAACAUCAUUGGCCAGUACCUGGACUUCAGCGAGAUGGACACCCUCAGGCUCAACCGAAUGUACAACUGCUCUGGUCCUCUCACCCUGCUGGACCAGUGUGCCUUUGAGUAUGCCAGCAUUUGUGGGAUGAUCCAGGCCUCCUCCGACGAUGCCGACUGGGUCCACACCAAGAGCAGUGUGGGUGCAGAGGAUCACACCCUCCUGGGAAGAUGCAGAGAUGCUGGGUACUUCAUGCACUUCAGCACCAUGACUGGGAAGCCUCUGGAGUCUGCACUGCUGGAAUCCCGAACCCUCUACCCCAAGAGGAAGCUUCAGUGUCUGCAGUUCUUCUACAAGAUGACUGGAAGCUCCACGGACAGGCUGGUGAUCUGGGUCAAGACAGACGACGGCACAGGCACCGUUCGUAGAAUGAAGAAAAUACACACUUUUUAUGCGGAUUCUGACCACACGUGGAAGAUCGCCCACGUCCCGAUGGAGGUAGGGAUGAAAUUCCGCUAUUCUUUCCAAGCGGCAUCCGCCGGUGGCAUCUACAUCGACGACAUCAGCCUGACCGAGACACGCUGCCCCAACGCCGUGUGGAGGAUCCAGAACUUCUCCAAGAUCAUGGAAACGGCCAACAACAGCACCGUUAUUGACAGCCCUCGUUUCUACAGCCCCGAGGGCUACGGCUACGGUGUCCGUCUCAUGCCAUUGUCGAGUUACACUGAUUACACCGGGAACUACGUGGGGCUGUACUUCCACCUGGUCAGCGGGGACAACGAUGUGGUGAUGCAGUGGCCGGCGGUAAACAGACAGGCCACCUUGGUGGUGAUGGACCAAGACCCAGACAUUAAGCUGAGGAUGUCCUCCGCUCGCAGCCUCACCACCGAUAUGAGGAAGACACCAGACGGACAGCUGUUUUGGGACAAUCCCUCUAAGGUGGGGGUGUACGACCCUUCCUGCCGCUGCUACAGAAGCGAAUCGUGGGGCUGGAGGAACUUUAUCAAGCACUUUGACCUCAAGAGGCGCAAUUACCUCAAGAAUGACGACCUCAUCAUCUUCGUCGACUUUGAGGACAUAACAUCCCUGAUCAAAACAGAAGUUCCCAUUAAACCACAGGAGUAAGGCCACUCAGGAUUUUACAUCAUGAUUAACUGGAGAUGCAACAUAUGCAGCUGGGAUGCGAAGAAUGACCUGUGAAGAUGAGGAAAAGAUGGAAGAUUACUGCUGUGGCACAAUAUAAGAGUUAUACACAUAAUAAAAAAACAACUUCAAAUGUAAAGUUAUAUUUGGUACAUAAUCAAUGAAUGCAAUAGUGUUUGUGUAUAAUAAGCUUUUAAAGAGCGUCAUCAUUUUGAACUCUUGUCUCAAUGAAAACGAUCAAAGAAGAGUGAAGGACGAAGCUGUUUGAGGGUAACAGAAUAAAGAUUAAUGAGCAUGGGAAAA